CGCGGAGUAUCUCAACGCGCCACCCGCCAAACUUCGCGCUUUUGUUUGCUCACCACGCCCAAAGCCUCGAGCCUUUUUUGAUCUUUACUGUGUGCACUGGGCGUUGAAUCUCUCGUAUCUAUAUUUGACAUAGAAUCAAGCCCUCCGCCGACUCAUAAUGGGCACUUUGACCGCAGACUGCCCACGCCUGGAUACACACUGUCCGCACAAGCUUGCCACAAGCUGCCGAUUGACCUCUACUCCGAAUUGCUGCGCUUGUGCCGACGAAAGAGUCCACUCGCGGACGUAUCGCGUGUACAUUGACGGCGUGGGCUUUGUGAACCGCGGCACAAGGUGGCAAGGUUACUGCUGGUUCUGCAAAGAGUUCUGGAGUAAUCGUCUUGCCGCUACCGAACCUCCCCUCGAAAUCUCCCAGACACGCGUACCCGAGAUACCUGACCAGACCGAGUUCCUAGAGCGAUGGUGGGAGUUCCACCAGGGCUAUCGCAUUGCGAAGCUGCCAGAUGGGACUGAACAACGCAUGCCUGUGAUAGGGGAGCCAUUCUGGGAAGUCAGCCCUGGCUUCCUUCCGCGAACAUUGGAUCAGUUAAGGGCUGGUGUAGAGAACGAUGCGAGCAGACCAGAGAACCGACUUCGAAGAAGACGGUUAAGCUCCGAAGAGGAGCGACCAGAGCAGCCACACCAGAGUGUAGAAGACGCGCUGGAUGAUCUGCUUCAAGAGACGGAGGAGGCUGACGUUUCGCACACAGAGCCCACGGCACCGGCAGAACCACGAACUUCCGUCACACCACAAAUACAGGAAGAGCCGUUGGAGCCCCCGCGGCCAAUGACACGACGAGAAGCGCAGCAACAAAACCGGCGAGAGCGAUUCGCACGCGUAUUCGGCUCCCGGGAGGAACUAGAGCAGGACGACUACGAGUCACCGCUUACACAAAUGUACACACGAGCAUACGCCCGCCAGCGCCAGGCCGACCAACGAAGAGCAAACGGGACUGAAAUUGCACCUCCCCUCGAUGGUCUAUCCCAACAGGAUCGACGAGAAAUCGAGGAACAGCUGCUAUGGGGUGUGAUGCGAGAGUCGCAGUCAUUUUCAGAGACUCUAGAGCCAGAAGGCCAAGUCUGGAGUUAUGCACCCCGGCGGUCAAACCUUGAGAACAACGACGGGUCCCACGUAGACCUGGAUCCAGAGACAAUAUUAGCAAUGCCCGGCAGCGGGGAUGCAGCAUCCAGAUCCGCAAGUGUAGCAUCGACGUUCGAAUUGCUAUCCAAUAUGCGCACCUCGGGUCUCCUUGAGCCCGGCAUGCGCAGGACACCCCUUCAGCACAGAUUCGCUGAAGCGCGCGCAUUCUUGCGCGUCGACCCUCCGCCUGUGGAACUACCGCUCGUGUCGCUUGACAGCCAGCCUGAUCGGCCAGAGCCAAAGACGGACGCGGAAAUGACAAAGGUACUCGCAUGCCAGGUGUGCUAUCAGCAGCUUGCUGAUGUAGCUGUAUUGCCCUGCGGGCAUAUGGUCAUGUGUCAGUGGUGCGCUGAUGUCGUUGUUCCGGUGAAGCAUGGCCAUAUACCAGUGCGGCCGACGAAGUGCCCCAUGUGCAGGAAACAAGUGAAGCAGAGGUUCAAGAUACAUACUGGAUGAGGCGGUUGGACUGAUGUGACGAUGUAAUGAAAGUAAUGAUCUACGGUGUAUAUAUAGACUUGGAUAUAGGUAUGA